AACAAAGGACUUAAUGAUCUAGUAUCCGAAUCCCGAACAAAAGCCCACUGUGAUUCCCCAAUUUUACGGCAGUUUCUCUUCCGCAUUCGGCGGCUGUAGUAAAAUCUCGUUUCUUUUUUCUGGUUUUCUUUUUAGGAUUCUCAAUCAACGACAAUUGAAUUCCCAGUUACAAGGAAUUGAAGAGUAAUGGACAACAUAGUAGAUUCCUUAAACAGCGCCUACCAAGAAUUUGUUGGUGCGGCAGCUCAUGUUCUCGAAACUAAGGAAUCUUCAGCUGCCCAAAAGACGGCAGCCACCGAUGCUGCUCUGGAGAACUUCAAGCAGAAAUGGGAAUUAUUCAGAGUGGCUUGUGAUCAAGCUGAGGAGUUCGUCGAGUCCAUCAAACAAAGGAUUGGAUCCGAGUGCCUUGUCGAUGAAGCCACUGGCUAUAUGGCUGGGAAGUCGGGGCAGCACUCAACCGGCCUUCCUCCCAUCAGUGCCGUUCGUUUGGAGCAGAUGAGUAAAGCUGUACGGUGGCUUGUGAUUGAGCUGCAGCAUGGUUCGGGAAAUGCUGGUGGUGCAGCGGCUCAUGCCCACCCUUCGGCACCUUUCGAUGCUAGAUUCCCUGAAGAUGCUGCUCAGUAGGUUUUCUAUAUAUCCAGUCUUUAGAGGAUUAUCCCCAUACUCAUGUCCGGAUACACGUCAAAUAUGGAUUUUAGACUCCGGUACAUCAACAAAAAUUAAGAUUUGUGGCAAUAUGGAGCAAUGUCAUGUGUUAGUAGAAAACAGUGUAUGGGCAUCUUGACAAUUCAUGGUUUACAGAUUGUUAUAGUGCAUGUUUCAACUUUUAACAUCCUUUGAUAGAUCUUUUUAUGUUUCCUUAAGUGCCCAUGUUCAACAUCCUUAUCUGACACUCACCUCUGAGUCCUAUCAACACACAUUAGUUAAAAAAGGUUACUAGAUUGCCUUACCAAACCUGUCGUUGUCAACUAUGUUGUUUAAUAGCUUAUUUUGCUUCAAUGUUGAUUUUUCCAACAGUUAAUAUCUAACAGUUUUCUUUAUUAUUUCUGAUGACAAUUACUGUUCAUAUUACCCUGUUCAAAACUUUCAACUUUUAUGAAGAACAGACAAUAAGGCUUCCCCUGGUUUUGAUGACAUAGCUCAUAUUUCAUAUUUUCAUUGGCACAAGCACACACAUAUACGUCCACAACUCGAUGAAAACAUUACCAUAUCUACAUGUUUUUGACAAUUUAUGAUAUUGUAAACAUAUACUUGAUCGAGUCUUCUCUUUCUUGCUGAAGAAUCAUAGAAAAUGGAAAUAUUACGUAAAUGAUACGUA